AUGCUCGGCCCUGUCUACAACGCCACCUGUGCGCCCAUUGAGGCCACCUGCCGCACAGCAGCCAAGUACAAUGGAGACAACAACGCCAAGUGCCUUGGGACAGUGCGGUGCCAGGGCGAUGCUUGCCCAGACUGGGAGGGCGUUGCCUGCUUUUGGCUGGGCAAAUCCGACAACUGGAAGGUCUGCGGCUCUCCAUUGUGUACCGCUGGUGGUGCCCCUAAGUUCGGCCGGGCCGAUGCCCCUAGCCAAUGCGUGUUUGGGGGCUUCAAGGGCACCGCCACCAAAUCGGGCUACACCUACGUCCAGCUGAGCCCAGACUUUGACAACCAGAACAAGUGCAAAAUCAAGGGCUAUGACCUGACCGGCGGCAAUGGCCAGUGCUCCACCUGCGUGGCCAAGUGCUGCGCGGCUACUGGCAGAUGCCCAAGGUCAAGUUGCAAAGCCAAUUCUCUGGGCACAGAGGAGCGCAACUGCCCCAACUCCUCUCGUUGCCCAGUGGGCACCAAAGAUGGCUACACAGCCACCUGUGAACCCCACGAACCAAAAUGCUUGACAAAUGGUGGCACAAACUGCUUUGGCUGGGUCAAGUGCACUGGCAAGGCGUGCCCCGACUUUGAGGGCAUGAUCUGCAUCUACUCAGGGGCUUCAACAAACUGGAAGCUGUGCGCGGACCGCACCUGCCCGACUUCCCCUGAUAUGCCUGCCUCUGCUGAUGAUAAGUGUGACCCCAUUGAGAUGGCGCUUCAGGCCGGCGACGGCGUGGACGACAGGACAGCGGCAUUCUGCGAGUAUAAAAACUGGAGGACCGGCGGUGCCAACCCGCUGACCGGGUACAAGGGCCGCUGCAAGAAUGCAGACUCCACAAAGUGCCACGGCAACUGUGACAUUAGCACAGGGCUCUGCCCCUCCUCGUCCUGCAUCGCCAACGCGCUCGGCGACGAGAACCUCAACUGCCCCCGCUCGGCUCGCUGCCCCGUCCGCCGCAACGGCGCCGUCUGCGACACGAGUGUGUACGGCGGCGGCACCUGCACCGGCCCCCACUGCCUCGGGCAGGUCAAGUGCGCCGCAGCGACGCCUUGCCCGGACUAUCAAGGCAUGGACUGCGUCAUGGACGGCGGGUCGGACAAUUUCAAGCUCUGCUUCUCGACCGGAUGCUUCACUGGCGGCGGCAAGACGACGCAGAGCCCAGCGGCGGUCCGCGUGCAGGCGCAGGCGACCGUGACAGUGGCGUCUGGCGCGACCUGCAGUACAGCGCUGCCGCCGCUCGGCAGCCUGGGGGGCGAGGCGUUCCUUGCAGCGCUGGCCGCGACCCUGAACGUGUACAAGGAUCGGAUUGAGAAUGCCAAGUGCUCUGGGGAUGACGCUGACUUCCUGGACACAGUGGUGGUCCCGCCUGGCAAGGGCACCUGCAGCUGCAAGGACGUGCGGACGCUGCUGGACGAUGCCAACCUGGCACUGUCAGACCAGACAGAGCAGCCCUAUGACACGGAGACCUCCCUCGCCAUACCGCUGGACGAAGCCCAGGCGUGCUUGGAGCAGAUUAACACUGCUGGCAAGCUGACAUCAGCCGGCGGCGUCGCCGACGAUCAGACGACCUGCCCCGCCACAGAGCCCGGCAUUGAGCCCUCAGACCCCUUCAUCCCCGCCCCUGGUGCUCUUCCUGGCGGCGGCAAUCAAGGAGCGACAAUCUCGGCCACCGACGACGCGUACACAUGCGGGUACAACGGCCAGCUGACCACUGCAGCAGGCAGCCUGACGGGCAACGAUGCCAGCUCGCUUGCUGGCGCUCUCACCAUCAUCAGCAAUACCCAGCCCAGCGUCGGCACAGUUGUCGUCAAGCCUGACGGCAGCUUUGUCUACACGCCGCCAGCUGGUUUCAGCGGGGCUGCCACUUUCACCUACACAGUGCAGGACACCGGGGGCAACAAAGCCACCGCCACGGUGACCAUUUUGGUCCCGGCCCCACCGACCCCGCCGCCAGCGGCCGGCCAGGUGACAGCCACGGCUGACCUCUACACGUGUGCUUACAACGGGCAGCUGACCACAGCGGCCGGCAGCCUGCUCGGCAACGAUGCCAGCUCUCUUGGCGGCCCUCUGACAGUGGUUGGCAGCAGCCAGCCGACGGUUGGUACGCUGACCGUAAACCCGGAUGGCAGCUUCACUUAUCAGCCGCCUGCCGGCUACUCCGGGACCGUUACCUUCACGUACACGGUUCGGGACGCGGCCGGCAACCUGGCCACGGCGACGGCCACCGUCGCGAUCGUCGUCCCGCCGCCGCCGCCUGGCGGCAACCCCGCCCCAGCAGUGACGGCCACCAACGACUUUUACACCUGCCCCUACAACGGCGCGCUCAACACCCUCGCCUCUGGCAGCGUGUUAAGCAACGAUGUGCAGUCGAGCGGCGGCAUCCUCACUGUUGCCAGCAACACCAAUCCUGCACAUGGAACAGUGGUCAUGCAGCCCGAUGGGAGCUUUGUGUACACUCCAAACGCAGGUUUCAACGGCACAGACACUUUCACAUACACGGCCAAAAGUGCGGCGGGCGACACUGCCACUGCAACCGUCACAAUUAAUGUCCCAGCCCAACCAAACCCAGCUCCCGCAGUCGGCGUGGUGACGGCGGGCAGCGACGCUUACAACUGCACCUACAACGGCAGCCUCACCACCGCAGCCGGCAGCCUGCUGGCCAACGAUGCCAGCUCCCUGGGUGGCGCGUUGACCGUGGUCAGCAACACCCAGCCCAGCGUUGGUACCGUGGUGGUCAACGCCGACGGCAGCUUUGUCUUCACACCGCCAGGCGGCUUCAGCGGCAACGCCACCUUCACGCCGGCGUGGUGA